AUGUCUAAUGCAUUUAAAGGUUGCUUAUUGUCCAUUAAAAAUGCCAAGUUCAAGAAGAAUUCAUUGAAAAAUGCACCGUUUGUAUUUGCAAAUCCUAUCCCUGAUUUUCAAGUAAUGUGGGGUGUCCAAGAUAACGACACGAGCAAGACCAGUGCUCACAAUUGGGCUGUGACAGGACCUUCGAAAUCAACAAUGUUGAAAAUUGCAGCUGGAGAUUACAUAUCAUUUCCACCGCUUUCGAGAUCUUAUCCACUUAUCAAUGAACCAGCGACCCAACUUCAAUUUUUAAAUUUUAACGAUAAAUCUGGUUUAGAUAGGGUACAUAUGUCAGCCAGGUAUGAAUCAUAUUCCUUCAAGGGUGUAUUGGAAAUGAGUGACGACACAAACUCCGUAUUCAAUUAUAUCACAGGUUUGAACAAUUAUAACACCCAGCAUAAAAAUUUCAACCUGCAAUAUAUCAAUCACCUUAUGUCGCUUUUCAAUUUGAGUCACCUUCAAAAGAAAUGGAUCAACUCAUUGAGUAAUGGUCAAAUGAGGCGAGCAAGAAUUGCUAAAUCCUUGGUAAACAAGCCAAGACUCUUGAUUAUUGAUGACCCCUUUUUGGGUCUUGACCCUUCCAACACAGAGAAAGUGAGCCAAGCAUUGAGGAAUGCGCAUGAGACCCUAGGAACUAGCAUUGUUUUAGGUUUACGGUUACAGGAUGAUAUACCGAGCUGGAUUGAAAACAUUUCUUUCGCAAAUGAAGAAGGAAUUGCAUUGGCAGGACGUCAAAGUGAUCCAGAAAUCUCAAAUAAGUUGAAAAAAAUUAUCAGUGCCAACGUUGACAUUGGAUUAGACGAGAAAAAGUUAACCGAAAAGAUUUUAGUGAGGAUCAACCCCGAUACAAUAACCGAGGCAGAGCCUAUCCACAUUGAAUUCAACAAUGCGAGGGUUGCUUACAAGGACUUGAUUAUCUUGAAGGAUUUUAACUGGAUGAUUCCAAAGGGAAGCAAGUGGAGAAUCAUGGGAGAUAAUGGAACCGGAAAGACCACCAUUCUCUCGUUGAUCACCGCUGACCACCCACAGAGUUGGAGAUCUAUAUUGAAAAUAAACGACAAAUUGAGAAAGACAGGAAGUGGUGUUACCUUUUUCGAUGUCAACAACCAAAUUGGUAUUUCUUCACCUGAAUUACACGCAUUGGUCCCACAACACAACAGUACAAUGAAGGAUAUAAUAUAUAACGGAUUAGUUCGAGAUAUUGGAAAUUCAAAUUUUGCUUACAAAGCAAAGUUGGAAAAAUUAGAUAAAGAUACACGAGAUCGAGCUCUUUACAUUUUGAACAAGUUUGGGGACAUACUAGAACAACAUGGUAAUAUGCCAUUCAUCGAUUUGAGCAUGACGAAUCAGAAAUUGGCUUUGUUCCUUAGAGCUGUGAUUAAGAACCCUGAAAUAUUGAUCCUUGACGAAGCAUUCUCGUGUAUGGAGGACGCUCAAGUGAUGCGUCGUUGUCACGACUUCAUUGCUCAAGAUCCUUUAUUUAAGAACAUGACAAUACUAUCUAUUGGACAUAUUGAUUGGGAAUUGAACAAAUACGACUACAUGCUCAAGUUAACUGGAGAUGAAAAUAGAUCAUAUGAAGUGUAUAAAGUAGAAACCAAAUAG